AUGGUGCAUAGGAAUAUGAAUAGGAGAUGUUUGCUUUAAAAAAUAUAACAAAUAAAGAUACAGGCUUUGAAAACCUGGAGUUGCAAUGAAAGAGUGCUGUAAAAAGUUCACUCAAACUUUGAAAUUUUCUGGCAAACAAGUUAUAUCAGCUUGAGGGGAACUAUAAUACACAUGGAUACUUUGGAUAUGAAAAUGGAAUCAAAACUAUUCUCUUCUGGCAGUCAAAAUACACCAGAAAUACAUCUACGCGUGGAACAACUCCUACGGAGCACCUACUGAACGCUGGCAGAAGACCUCAGACCUCCCAAAAGGCAAGGAACCCCCCACGUACCUGGUUAGGGCAAAAGAAAAAACUAAACAGAGACAAAAGGAUAGGGACGGGUCCUGCACCAGAGGGAGAGAGCUGUGAAGGAGGAAAAGUGUCCACACACUAGGAAGCCCCUUCGCGGGUGGAGACUUCGGGAGGCGGAGUGGGGGAGCUUGGGAGCCGCGGAGGAGAGCACAGCAACAGGGGUGCGGAGGGCAAAGCGGACAGAUUCCAGCGCAGAGGAUCGGGCCGACCGGCACUCACCAGCCGAGAGGCUUGUCUGCUCGCCCGCCGGGGCGGGCGGGAGUGGGAGCUGAGGCUCCGGCUUUUGUCGGAGCGCCGGGAGAGGACUGAGGUUGGCGGCGUGAACACAGCCUGCAGGGCGUUGGUGCGCCGCGGCUGGCCGGGAGAGAGUCCGGGGAGGGGUCUGGACCUGCCGAAGAGGCAAGAGACUUUUACGUCCCUCUUUGUUUCCUGGUGCACGAGGAGAGGGGAUUAAGAACGCUGCUUGAGAGAGCUCCAGGGACGGGCGCGAGCCGCGGCUAAGAGUGCGGAGCCCAGAGACGGACAUGGGACGCUAAGGCCGCUGCUGCCGCCGCCAGGAAGCCUGUGUGCGAACACAGGUCACUAGCCACACGCCCUUCCGGGGAGCCUGUGCAGCCCGCCACUGCCAGGGUCCCGGGAUCCAGGGACGGCUCCCCCGGGAGAGCGCACGGCGCGCCUCAGGCUGCAGCGUCACGCCGGCCUCUGCCGCCGCAGGCCCGCCCCGCACUCCGUGACCCUCCCUACCCCCCGGCCUGGGUGAGCCAGAGCCUCCGAAUCAGCGGCUCCUUUAACCCCGUCCUGAGCAAAGAACAGACGCCCUCCGGCGACCUACACGCACAGGCGGGGCCAAAUCCAAAGCUGAACCCCUGGAGCUGUGCGAACAAAGAAGAGAAAGGGAAAUCUCUCCCAGCGGCCUCAGAAGCAGCAGAUUAAAGCUCCACAAUCAACUUGAUAUACCCUGCAUCUGUGGAAUACCUGAAUAGACAACGAAUCAUCCCAAAUUAAGGAGCCCUGUGGAUGAAAGGCUCUUGGUGCUGCAGCCAGGACUCAGUGCUGUGCCUCUGAGGUGGGAGAGCCAACUUCAGGACACUGGUCCACAAGAGGCCUCCCAGCUGCACAUAAUAUCAAACAGCAAAAAUCUCCGAGAGAUCUCCAUCUCAACGCCAGCACCCAGCUUCACUCAACGACCAGCAAGCUACAGUGCUGGACAUCCUAUGCCAAACAACUAGCAAGACAGGAACACAACCCCACCCAUUAGCAGAGAGGCUGCCCAAAAUCAUAAUAAAUCUACAGACACCCCAAAACACACCACCAGACGUGGACCUGCCCACCAGAAAGACAAGAUCCAGCCUCAUCCACCAGAACACAGGCACUAGUACCCUCCACCAGGAAGCCUACACAACCCACUGAACCAACCUUAGCCACUGGGGACAGACACAAAAAACAACAGGAACUACGAACCUUCAGCCUGCAAAAAAGGAGACCCCAAACACAGUAAGAUAAGCAAAAUGAAAAGACAGAAAAUCACACAGCAGAUGAAGGAGCAAGAUAAAAACCCAUCAGACCUAACAAAUGAAGAGGAAAUAGGCAGUCUACCUGAAAAAGAAUUCAGAAUAAUGAUAGUAAGGUUGAUCCGAAAUCUUGGAGAUAGAAUGGACAAUAGAAUGGACAAAUUGCAAGAAUCAGUUAACAAGGACCUAGAAGAACUAAAGACGAAACAAGCAACGAUGAACAACACAAUAAAUGAAAUUAAAAGUACUUUAGAUGGGAUCAAUAGCAGAAUAACUGAGGCAGAAGAACGGAUAAGUGACCUGGAAGAUAAAAUAGUGGAAAUAACUACUGCGGAGCAGAAUAAAGAAAAAAGAAUGAAAAGAACUGAGGACAGUCUCAGAGACCUCUGGGACAACAUUAAACGCACCAACAUUCGAAUUAUAGGGGUUCCAGAAGAAGAAGAGAAAAAGAAAGGGACUGAGAAAAUAUUUGAAGAGAUUAUAGUUGAAAACUUCCCUAAUAUGGGAAAGGAAAUAGUUAAUCAAGUCCAGGAAGCACAGAGAGUCCCAUACAGGAUAAAUCCAAGGAGAAAUACGCCAAGACACAUAUUAAUCAAACUGUCAAAAAUUAAAUACAAAGAAAACAUAUUAAAAGCAGCAAGGGAAAAACAACAAAUAACACACAAGGGAAUCCCCAUAAGGUUAACAGCUGAUCUUUCAGCAGAAACUCUGCAAGCCAGAAGGGAGUGGCAGGACAUAAUGAAAGUGUUGAAGGAGAAAAACCUGCAACCAAGAUUACUCUACCCAGCAAGGAUCUCAUUCAGAUUUGAUGGAGAAAUUAAAACCUUUACAGACAAGCAAAAGCUGAGAGAGUUCAGCACCACCAAACCAGCUCUACAACAACUCCUAAAGGAACUUUUCUAGGCAAGAAACACAAAAGAAGGAAAGGACCUACAAUAACGAACCCAAAACAAUUAAGAAAAUGGGAAUAGGAACACACAUAUCGAUAACUACCUUAAAUGUAAAUGGACUAAAUGCUCCCACCAAAAGACACAGAUUGGCUGAAUGGAUACAAAAACAAGACCCAUAUAUUUGCUGUCUACAAGAGACCCACUUCAGACCUAGAGACACAUACAGACUGAAAGUAAGGGGAUGGAAAAAGGUAUUUCAUGCAAAUGGAAACCAAAAGAAAGCUGGAGUAGCAAUUCUCGUAUCAGACAAAAUAGACUUUAAAACAAAGACUAUUAGAAGAGACAAAGAAGGACACUACAUAAUGAUCAAGGGAUCGAUCCAAGAGGAAGAUAUAACAAUUGUAAAUAUUUAUGCACCCAACAUAGGUGCACCUCAAUACAUAAGGCAAAUACUGACAACCAUAAAAGGGGAAAUCGACAGUAACACAUUCAUAGUAGGGGACUUUAACACCCCACUUUCACCAAUGGACAGAUCAUCCAAAAUGAAAAUAAAUAAGGAAACACAAGCUUUAAAUGAUACAUUAAACGAGAUGGAGUUAAUUGAUAUUUAUAGGACACUCCAUCCAAAAACAACAGAAUACACAUUUUUCUCAAGUGCUCAUGGAACAUUCUCCAGGAUAGAUCAUAUUUUGGGUCACAAAUCAAGCCUUGGUAAAUUUAAGAAAAUUGAAAUUGUAUCAAGUAUCUUUUCUGACCACAAUGCCAUGAGACUAGAUAUCAAUUACAGGAAAAGAUCUGUAAAUAAUACAAACACAUGGAGGCUAAACAAUACACUACUUAAUAAUGAAGUGAUCACUGAAGAAAUCAAAGAGGAAAUCAAAAGAUACCUAGAAACAAAUGACAAUGGAGACACAACGACCCAAAACCUGUGGGAUGCAGCAAAAGCAGUUCUAAGGGGGAAGUUUAUAGCAAUACAAGCCCACCUUAAGAAGCAGGAAACAUCUCGAAUAAACAACCUAACCUUGCACCUCAAGCAAUUAGAGAAAGAAGAACAAAAAAACCCCAAAGCUAGCAGAAGGAAAGAAAUCAUAAAAAUCAGAUCAGAAAUAAAUGAAAAAGAAAUGAAGGAAACAAUAGCAAAGAUCACUAAAACUAAAAGCUGGUUCUUUGAGAAGAUAAACAAAAUAGAUAAACCACUAGCCAGACUCAUCAAGAAAAAAAGGGAGAAGACUCAAAUCAAUAGAAUUAGAAAUGAAAAAGGAGAGGUAACAACUGACACUGCAGAAAUAAAAGAGAUCAUGAGAGAUUACUACAAGCAACUCUAUGCCAAUAAAAUGGACAACCUGGAAGAAAUGGACAAAUUCUUAGAAAUGCACAACCUGCCAAGACUGAAUCAGGAAGAAAUAGAAAAUAUGAACAGACCAAUCACAAGCACUGAAAUUGAAACUGUGAUUAAAAAUCUUCCAACGAAGAAAAGCCCAGGACCAGAUGGCUUCACAGGCGAAUUCUAUCAAACAUUUAGAGAAGAGCUAACACCUAUCCUUCUCAAACUCUUCCAAAAUAUAGCAGAGGGAGGAACACUCCCAAACUCCUUCUACGAGGCCACCAUCACC